GUUUUAUUCUUUCUUUUUAAGGCUGCAAGGGAGACGAACGUGUUUGAGGCUCAGGGGUAAGAAAGUGGUUGGUUGAAGACACCGAAGACAGAGAUGUGCGAUGGGGCGGGGUGGGACUGGCUCCGAGGGACUGGCUUAACAGUGGGAAUGGAGAAGAGGGAUCCCCAUCCACCCCCGCAGGAAACGCUCCAACAUUUGGAGGUGUGUGUGCCUGAGUGUGCCUGUUUGUGCGGUGGGGAUUAGCUCCGACUCCUGCAGACACCAUCACUCAUGACGAAGCUGAUUCCCCUCACGCGGCCCAAGGCGCACACGCGCGAUCCACGACCACGCCCGCACACACUUGACACACACAGGGCAUUCGAGGGUCCGGUUGCCAUGGCGAGCAGGAGCGCGUGAGCCCAGCCGCCCCUCCCGCCCCCGGCGAGCCCAGUCAACUCCCACUCUGAUUGGUCGCUGCCUCCUCAUUAUGCAAAUCAUUUGCGUAGACUCGGCGGCCAGCUGCCUGACGUCACCAAGCACGGGGGCUGGGGCUCGGGGCUCGGCUCCGGGAGAGCUCGGGCGGGAGCCCAGAGAGCGGUGCACGGGGACCUCAAGCCAGACCCCAGCGUCCAGCCACCUCGGCCCGGGCCCGCCCCGCCCCGGCCCCGCCCCUUUCUGGCCCGCCCCACCCCCUCUACGCCCCUCCACCCGGACCCCGCCCCCUGGGCAGCCCCCCGCCCUCUCCGCCCGGGCCCCGCCCCCUCCCCCUGGCCCUCGCCACUGGUCCAGGGAGGGGACGGCGGGACAGGCGGGAUCGGUGGGACCGGCGGGAGGGCGGACAGGGCGGGGACAUGGCCGCGGCGCCCGGAGGGUCAGCGCAGCCAGCCGGCCCCGGCCCGCGCCUGGGUUUCAGCACCGCGGACAGCGGCGUCGGCAUGAGCGGGCUAAACCCCGGUCCCGCCGUGCCCAUGAAGGACCACGACGCCAUCAAGCUCUUCGUGGGGCAGAUCCCGCGGGGCUUGGACGAGCAGGACCUCAAGCCGCUGUUCGAGGAGUUCGGCCGCAUCUACGAACUGACGGUGCUGAAGGACCGGCUCACCGGCCUCCACAAAGGCUGUGCCUUCCUCACCUACUGCGCCCGGGACUCUGCUCUCAAGGCCCAGAGUGCACUGCACGAGCAGAAGACCCUGCCAGGGAUGAAUCGUCCGAUUCAAGUGAAGCCAGCUGCCAGUGAGGGCCGAGGAGAGGACCGAAAGCUGUUUGUGGGGAUGCUGGGCAAGCAGCAGGAUGAGGAGGACGUCAGACGCCUGUUCCAGCCCUUCGGCCACAUCGAGGAGUGCACGGUCCUGCGGAGUCCUGACGGCACCAGUAAAGGCUGUGCCUUUGUGAAGUUCGGGAGUCAAGGGGAAGCUCAGGCGGCCAUCCAGGGUCUACACGGCAGCCGGACCAUGGCGGGUGCCUCGUCCAGCCUCGUGGUCAAGCUGGCAGACACCGACCGGGAGCGCGCGCUGCGGCGGAUGCAGCAGAUGGCUGGCCAGCUGGGUGCCUUUCACCCGGCGCCACUGCCGCUGGGGGCCUGCAGUGCCUACACCACGGCGAUCCUGCAGCACCAGGCGGCCCUGCUGGCGGCGGCACAGGGCCCAGGCCUAGGCCCGGUGGCGGCAGUGGCGGCCCAGAUGCAGCACGUGGCAGCCUUCAGCCUGGUGGCUGCGCCUCUGUUGCCCGCAGCAGCAGCCAACUCUCCACCCGGCAGCGGUCCUGGCACCCUCCCAGGUCUACCGGCGCCCAUCGGGAUCAAUGGAUUCGGCCCUCUGACCCCCCAGACCAACGGGCAGCCGGGCUCCGACACGCUCUACAAUAACGGACUGUCCCCUUACCCAGCCCAGAGCCCCGGCGUGGCUGACCCCCUGCAGCAGGCCUACGCUGGGAUGCACCACUACGCAGCAGCCUAUCCAUCGGCCUAUGCCCCGGUGAGCACAGCUUUUCCCCAGCAGCCUUCAGCCCUGCCCCAGCAGCAGAGAGAAGGCCCGGAAGGCUGUAACCUCUUCAUCUAUCACCUGCCUCAGGAGUUUGGUGAUGCGGAACUCAUCCAGACAUUCCUGCCCUUUGGAGCUGUUGUCUCUGCCAAAGUCUUUGUGGAUCGAGCCACCAACCAGAGCAAAUGUUUUGGGUUUGUUAGUUUUGACAAUCCAACUAGUGCCCAGACUGCUAUUCAGGCGAUGAAUGGCUUUCAAAUUGGCAUGAAGAGGCUCAAGGUGCAGCUAAAGCGGCCCAAGGAUGCCAACCGGCCUUACUGACCGGCUCUCACCGGCCAGCCACAGAGAGAAACAGAAGAGUGAGAAGAAAGGAGAGGAAAAGCACAGAAGCGCUUGAGCAGCUCUUCCCGAAGGCGCAGCUGCGGACAGAGGUGGAUCGGACCCAAGGCUGGUGCCUGGGGCUAAGGCCACGCUAAGGACUGUUUUUAUCAAGUGGGUUGUCUGUGCCUGCAGCCGAGAGCUCAGGCUGGCAGAGCAACUAGGGCUGGCUGAGGAGUGACUGUCCAGGGGAACCAGCAGAGGGCGCUGGGGAUGCCAAGGGCUUCUCCACUGGGGACGCCCAGAUUUACUUCUUUCAAAAUCAUAUCAUUCCUUAGAGUUUAGGGACCAAAGGACUAUUGCUUUUUUAAGAAUAUAUAUAUAUAUAUAUAAAUUAAAACAAAGAAAAAAGAGAAACAACAAAAAAAGACAGUUUAGAGUCUCAUAAAAGCUGCCUUUAAAUAUCCCUAGGAGACAGGGUGAAGGAGACCUUAGACAGCCCCAGUCUAGGCAGAGGGAGGCUGUGGAAAGAUUGUUCUGUGUCUCAUUCCCUCUUAAGCCACUUCCCCACCCUGCCCUUUUAAAAGUAAUUAAGAAUGUGAGGUCUAGGCUCACAUGCGGGUAAUGAGAAAGUUAUGGACGCAGUGAACUCGCAAUCCACAAUCCCCAAACUCAGAGUGCAUCCCGGAAGAGGCCCCAGGCGGAGCUCAGGCCUGCCCUGGUCUUUGCCAUCCCAGGAGGCCCGCUAGCCAGCAAGAGUGGGACUGCCUUUUCUGUGGAACCGCUGCUUCCCCAGGCAGGAAGAAAGAGGGAGUUCUGGCCACCUGAGGCUUUCCCUUACCAAUCCAGGUAACAGAGGCCCUGCCUUUGGCUGAGCUGAGACACCUCCUGUUUCCCCUCCCCUUGAACCAGUCCUAGUGUCCUCUUGCUUCAGGCUACCUUCUGUCUCUUAGUCUAAGUUUGCCCACCUGUAAAGUAGAUUCAGGAUAUCUGUAGAGGGCUGGGACAACAGACUUAGAAGGUUUGCUACUGUAUAUACUGCCAUUGAGAAGGGGAAAUUUUUCAAUAUGUAGAAGCUUCAGAAUUAGAGGUCCCUCUUUACCCCGGACCUGGGAGGGAAGUAGAUGUUUUGCCAAAAUACUUCUUCAUUCCUUUAAAAAGUACAUCUUUCCUAUGCAAGAGUGUCUCACAUGUGCUUAACCGAGGUGCUUCUAGUUGGUGAGCAGUGUUGAGCUUAGAAGUGGUGUGUGCUCUGUCUGUCUGUCUUUGUCUGUCUGUUGUAUACAGUGGGUGCCAUAUAAAGCUGAUCAAUGGUGGUGCUUCCUGCCUGCUUCUGUGAGAUGGGCAAACGAUUCAGCUUAGAACACCAUGACUCACCUUGCCUUGGUCAGCCUUUCCUGGGCCUGCAGGGCCUUCCACAUAUUUUUCCCAGGAGAAUUUCCCCUCCACCCCACAGACAUGAAUCAGCUUAGUCUGAGGCCCUAGCUGUGCUGUCUAGGGUCACUCUAAUCCCCAGAUGUUGCUGAGGCUGAAGGCCUCUGAUCUGAUAACACAUCAGAUAGCAAAAGAUGUGGGAGUGGGGUUGGAGGGCUCCUCCUUCAUAACAGUUUCUAAGAAAACCUGUUCCCACCUGUU